AUGAUUCUUCGCAAACAGCGAACUAAUCUCUGCAGAACAGGCACAAUUAAGACUAAAUAUCAAGCAAGUCAGGCAGACGAGGAUUUGAGCAAUAAUAUGUCAAAUUCAAAUCUGAACCAGACAAAUGAAGGCGGACUCACUUCAAACUAACUAAAUAGCUAAAACCCUCUUAAUAAUUAACCAUCUGACCAAGUCCAAGAUGAGGAACUUAAAAAGAAAAUUGCACUCUACUAUCAUACACUUUUCUAAGGCUGUCUAGGAUAAUGGUUUGUUUUGCUGCAGUAAAACAACUAUUCAAAGUUGACGAAGAAGCAGUAUAUGGAGUUAAACAUGCGCAUCUAGAAGAGUUUGAUUCUAGACUUUGACUACCAAAGUGCUCAGGAGUCUGCAGUUGAGGACUGGAAGAUUGAUAUCGAGAGAGAAACUUUCGAUAAGAGAAACGGAAAAGACCUAAAGGGAUAAUUGUCCUAGAUAAAUGAAGAGGAUGAAAAUGCUGGAGUGAAACAAGAUGAGCCUUACGUAAUUGACUUCGAAAGACUCUCAGAGUUCUUCUUUGAUUUGUGCCUAUCAUGGUGUCAAUACCUUGAUAUAGAGACAUUUUUGUUCUUUUUGAAUGGUAUAUUCCUGAACAUAACAAAAGGAUCUCAUGUAAAUGUGUCUACCUUCAAGGAUCUAGAGGAAAUAGAAGUGCUUUCAAUAGAAUUCUUUAAUACACUUCUGUCUUACAGAUCAAAAUGCGAGCAAAUAGUCGAGAAUGGAGAAGCCUAUAAAGACUGGUAUGCUAGAAAUUUUGGACGUUAGGGGGAAAUUGUUAGAUCAGUUGAGAAAACCUUACACGAGGCGUUUAAAGAAAAAAGUGAAAACAGAAUCUUGGAUCUCUGGAUAGAUUUGCCCACCUAGUCACAAAAUCAAUAUAUCAACUAGCAUUUCGAUAAGUUAGAUAAAGAUCUCAAGUAAAUCCACAAGGCUAGCAAAGCCACAGAGCUACUGACUUAGAGCAUGAACAUGAUGGAUCAAAUUAAAAGAAUCAACUUGAAUGACAAAACUAGAAAAGAUUUCAAUCUUAAAAAUUAUGGUGAUCAGAAUACUACUUUGAGGAGUCAUUAAACUGAAAAUAACAAUUCUAACUAGAUAAUGCUAGUCAAUCCAGAAAAACUGAAAAGAGGGCCUCUCAAAAUUUCUAAUACAAAAGAGAUGAGAUAAAAUGAAAUUGAAAAGCAUCUGGUUGGCUAGUUAGGAGACAGAUUCAAACAUGCAAAGUUGCUGGAAAUAUCAGAAAACUCGUAUUUAAUAGCAGCAGAUGUGCGUUUACCUAUAUUUGGUAGAACUUUUUAGCCAAUAGAAAGAACCAAGACUAGUAUAUCAAAGAGAGGUUACUUGUUGAAGCUACAUCCAGAAUACAUCAAUAAGGCUAAGAGAAGGAUGAUGGAUGCUACAAGCACUCAAAACCAUCACUUGAUAGUAAACUAGGAUUUACCCAUCCAUCCAAAUCAUUAGCAUAAUAUUGCCACUUAACCCGUUGACAAUAAUAACUAAGCCUUGAAGAAUGUUGUCUAUGAGAAAAUCAAAAUUAAGCAAUCGCCUAGAAAUACUAAUAAUAACUUCUAAAACAGAAAGGACUCCCUUGGCAAGGAAACUCUAGACAGUGAAAGUGAUGCUUAAGGAGCGAUGCAAGUUCCUUCAUCCUUUGAUACAGCUCCUUAUAAUCAUCACUAGCAGAUGUUGCAGCAAAGAGCGCUGAUGAACUAGUACUCAGAAGAAAACAAGAGCAACAUUAAUGUGAAGGUCCCAGACUUGAUUCACCAGACUUAGAUUUCGUCUAUGAUCCUUAAUGACAACAAGUAGAUCAAUCAAACAAGCCAUGUAGACGACAGUAGUCUGCUUAUAUCCCAGAAUAAUUUCAUGCCAGCUCAUUUGAUGCAGAGCAAUUAGCAGCAGAACCAGUCUUAUAGCUAUCCACCUAAAUCACCUACAAACAAUAAUCUUGAUGAAAGAGCCAUAAACCAAGUCUAUGAUAGAUACCUGUAACUGCUGCAGGAGGAUAAGCCAGCCUAGAUUGGAAAUAUACUUAAAGAGGAGACCUUCGCCAGAUAGUUUAGUGGAGCAUAAUUCGAUGAGCAGUAGAUUGAACAGGCAGUUCUUGAGAGACUGUAGGCAGAGGAGGAGUCAGCAGAGAUUCAAGAGAUGAUUGCCAAAUUCUACAAUAAAUUUGAUGAGCUGCACGAACAAUCAGUCAGUUUGGCAUUGGCUAAGAGUCCUAACAAGCAGCAAGUGAAGAAUGAGAUCAAGUACAAGAUACCAGAGAGGUGGACUAAGAAGUUUCACAGGCAUGAUAUCAUUCCUAUUAACAACUUUGGUUCCAGUGCUGUCAAUGAAGAAAGAGGCAGGGUUAAUAAAGCAAACAUGAUAGCCCAUAAAUAAAAAGUACAGGACUAAUAAAACUAGAUCAGAGAAGCUAUAAUUCUUCAGUAAUAGCAGAUGCCCCUUUCUAACUCAAUGCUAAAAGAGAGUUUAUCUAGCAGAGCCACUCCUAAGAGUGACUUCAAGCGCAAGAGGAUGAGUGUCAAUUAAGAACUCCAACCUAAUUACCAGCAUUAGUCAGAGAUGAGUCAGUAAAAUCUGCCUUUAAGGUAGAACUUAAAUCAGGAUGCAGACAAUGGAAUCGCUAACCCCUCUUAAUAACAAGAAUUCGCGCCUGCAGACACUACUAAAAUAGAAGCUAACCUAAGAGACGACAUGGCUGACUCCACUGAUGUCUCUAAAGCUGGGGACCUAACAAGAAUGGAUAGCGAGAUUAAAAGCAGUGGGCUAUGCAAGCCUCAAAGAUACGAUUGGAGUGAGGUCGCGCAUUUGUUUGAGAAUGGAGUGGUCCCAGAGGAAUUGCUUCAAAUUGCAGAUCCCAUAGAGUAUAACUACAUCCUAGUGAGACUUAAGAAAGACUUCAACGAGAAGAAUAAGAGUGAGUACAUCAAGUACAUGAAUCUGCAGUUGCCAUAUCAUUCUAGAAGGGAUGAAAUCGGAGGAGUCAUCACAACUGAGGAGUGGAAUGUUUUCGUUAAUAGACUGGAAAACAUAAUAGAUAGAGUGAAAAAGAGGAGAAGAAGAAUUAUAAGGAGAAGAAAGAAGAAGGGCAACAAGAAACUCCCCAGGAAGACUUUGUUCAAGCCAGUCCAAAGGCCUAAUCUCGCUAAUGAUCCGUUGUGGCGUGAAGUCUUCUUGGAUCCUAGCUCGGACGAAGGGGAUUCAGAUGAUGACGAUGUCUAUGGUAGUGGUAAGAAAAAUGAGGACAUGGAUAUCUACCAGCUAGGUCUCAGGAGUGUUGGUUCUCAAAAAUCAGCCACCAACAGCAUGAGUAUGUUCUAAAAGAAUGCAGCUUAAAUGCUCGGUCUGGCUGGUAAUCAAAGCACCAGAGGCAUUGCCACAAGUACGCAUAAAAAUAAAACUCAACAUAAGACUAUACAUAAUAUACAGUUAACCUAGGAGGAAUUGUCGCUUCCUCCAAUUAUCAGACCUUUACUUUAUGAGGAUCUCAAAAAUCAAGGAAGGUAGAAAAGUUCUACUGCUAAAUUAAGGACAGCUCAGAUGAAUUUGAAGGAGACAGUCGAGAGAUUCCCAUAGUCGAAAAAUAUGCUUAACAUGCGCUUCAAAGACUAUUACUAUGACCCCUUCGACAAAGAACCACACAAAGCAUCAAGAAUGAUUGGACCUGAGACUUCUAUGUAAUUUAUACUGUUUAUAUAUAAUUUUUAUAGGAUAUAAAAGAUGGAUCACAACUAUACCUCUAAGAUCAGAAGAUCGAUUAAGAACACAACGUCUCAGCACGCAGGCAACACAACAAUACUUAAUAAAACUAACUUUUGA